GAGAUAUAUAAUGCCUCACAAAAUCCUUGCUUCCGUACAACUCAGCAAGCGUAAUGCUUAACACCGCUGCGGCCACCACCACAACCAUACACAACCAUCCCUCAAUCGCCCAAAUGCCGGAUCCUUCGCCGUCGUCCUCCGCCGUCGCAAUUCGCAUCGACGGUUCCGAACAAGACGCCGCCUUAUCGAAAUCGGAGUUCCUGACCCAAGCAGAAGUCAUCGAGCGGCGCGGCCGGAGAGUGAAACAGCUGGCGCGGAUUUACCGUGACCAGUAUUGGCUAUUGAUGGAGGAGAUGAAAUUGAAGUACAGGGAGUACUAUUGGGAGUAUGGGAAAAGUCCCUUCGUCGAGGAGAAUGAGGAGAAUCAGAGGAUCAAUUCGGAUAACGAUUUGGGGUUUAAUGCCACUGGUAGGUGUGGCGUCAACGGUUGUAAGGCAAAGGCGAUGGUGCUAACGGACUUUUGUCAUAUGCAUAUACUCUCUGAUACCAAACAGACCCUAUACAAACCUUGCAAUUUCAACAUUAAGAGUAUCAGUUCGACUACAGGACCGAUACUCUGUGGAAAACCAAUACUUAGAUCAACGGUCCCUUCUUUUUGCCCUCCCCAUAUCCAAAAGGCUGAAAGGCAUUUGGUGCACACUCUCAAGAAGUCAGGCCUCAACAUCACCUCGACGAGUAAGCUCGCUCCCAAGGUCCACAUGAUCGUGAUGGAGUACAUCCGGAUAAUCCAACAGAAGAGGAAAGCUACAAAGAGAAAACUGGAGAAUGCAGAGAUCAAGGAGGAGAACAACUCUUGAUGCAUCAUUCAUGCAGGAAUUAGAAUACUCAAUUGUAGAAAUUCUUUUAUUUUUUGACCAGGUUGAUGAAUCUCUAGAUUUGAAGUUAGUGAAUAGUUUGAUUGUGCGAAUUAUUAAGUCAAUCUUGGUAUGUUGCUUGAUAUGUAUGGCUUUGUCAAGUUUCAAAUCUAGUCCACUAUAGAGGAAAUCUUGCCUUGUUCAAUGAAGCAAUUAAGAGAGUAUACAUUCUUUUGCCGUAAA